CAACAGGCGGUAAAGCGCACUGGGAAGAGAGCCUGGGUUGAAAAAUAAUGCUAAAAAUAUCUUCCCUCCAGCUCCGCCGGACACACACUGUAUCUAUAAGUUGUUAUUUUGUCACAUUGGACGGCACCGUGAUCGAGGCAGGCGCGUGGAUACCUUUACGCGCGGCGGCAGCUGUGUAAAUGACUUGUGAAGAGGUUGAUGCAAGAGGAAAGAGGGCGGUCAAAGUGUGACGGUAAACAGUGUGCCUUUCUCUGGCAACGGUUUCCCUCCCAGCGCCUCUUAGACUGCGUCUCGCACGUGUAUUGUAUUGUUCGUCCAGGGCACAGCUGCCGGCACAGGACACGCAUGCUUGAAAAGACCAUCGCGCACUUGAUGCCCGCUUUGGUGAUGCCAUGCCCCGGAACCACAGCGGAGACGAAGGCGGCACCGGGCUCUGGAUGAGGACGUCGCCGGGGCACCGUACCGAAGGCUACGGCUUGAAAGAUGUGGAGUGCGGACGAAGGAUGAUGAAUAACGCGGGAGACGGUUUGCUGUCAGCCUCCACCGCAGCAGCAGGUGCUGCCGGGUCCGAGAGCCUGAGGGGGAAGCAGGGAGCCCGGCUCAGCCUGCUGGGGAAGCCGCUCAUAUACAGCGCGCAGAGCGGCCGGAGAAACGUGCGCUACCGGCGGCUCCAAAACUACCUGUACAACGUGCUGGAGAGACCGAGAGCCUGGGCGUUCAUCUACCAUGCGUUUGUGUUCAUCUUGGUGUUCAGCUGCCUCGUCCUCUCUGUGUUCUCAACCAUCCCGGCUCAUCAGGACUUCUCCUCCUACUGUCUCCUCAUUCUGGAGUUUGUGAUGAUUGUGGUGUUUGGGUUGGAGUACAUCAUCCGUAUCUGGUCGGCAGGAUGCUGCUGUCGCUACAGAGGAUGGCAGGGACGACUCCGCUUCGCCAGGAAGCCUUUCUGCGUCAUAGACAUCAUAGUGCUGAUAGCGUCGGUGGCGGUGGUGUCGGCUGGUAGCCAGGGAAAUAUCUUUGCCACCUCGGUCCUGCGGAGCCUGCGUUUCCUGCAGAUUCUACGCAUGGUACGAAUGGAUCGAAGAGGAGGCACCUGGAAGCUGCUGGGCUCUGUGGUCUACGCACACAGCAAGGAGCUGGUAACUGCCUGGUACAUUGGCUUCCUGGUUCUCAUCUUCUCUUCGUUCCUCGUCUACCUUGUGGAGAACAAGUUCAACAAGGACUUUGCGACUUACGCUGAUGCUCUGUGGUGGGGCACGAUCACGCUGACAACCAUUGGUUACGGAGACAAGACACCAAAGACAUGGACAGGACGGAUGCUGUCCGCAGGGUUUGCCCUCCUUGGCAUCUCCUUCUUUGCUUUGCCAGCUGGUAUUCUGGGCUCAGGCUUUGCCCUGAAGGUCCAGGAGCAGCACAGACAGAAGCACUUUGAGAAGAGGAGAAACCCGGCCGCCUACCUCAUCCAGUGUGUUUGGCGUAGUUAUGCGGCUGAUGAGAACUCGGUUUCCAUUGCUACCUGGAAGCCUCACUUGAAGGCGUUGCAUACCUGCAGCCCUACAAAGAAGGAGCAGGGAGAGUCGACCACAAGUCAGAAGCUGAGCUUCAAGGAGCGGGUGAGGAUGGCGAGCCCCCGAGGUCAGAGCAUCAAGAACAGGCAGACGUCUUCAGUGAACGACCGGCGCUCUCCGGUGGCUGAUGCUGGGACAGAGGGCACCAGCCCUGCUAAGGUGCAGAAGAGCUGGAGCUUCAACGACCGCACACGCUUCAGACCCUCACUCCGCCUUAAGAGCCAGUCGCGCUCCACCACUGAUGCAGACUCCAACAUGGCGGCGGAGGAUGGCUUCGAUGAGAAAGGCUGUCACUGUGACAUCUCAGUGGAGGACUUGCUGCCCUCGGUCAAGUCUGUCAUUAGAGCUGUCAGGAUAAUGAAGUUCCAUGUAGCCAAGAAGAAGUUUAAGGAGACCCUGCGUCCUUAUGAUGUCAAGGAUGUGAUUGAACAGUACUCUGCCGGUCACUUGGACAUGCUGUGCCGCAUCAAGAGCCUGCAGACCAGAGUGGACCAAAUCCUUGGGAAAGGCCAGAUCCCUCUGGAUAAGAAGAUUCGGGAGAAGCUGCUGUCUGAUGGAGAUAUGCUAGAGGACAUGAGCAUGCUGGGUCGUGUCUGUAAGGUGGAGCGGCAGGUCCAGUCGAUUGAGUCAAAGCUUGACUCCCUGCUUGACAUCUAUCGUCAGGUUUUGCGCAAAGGCUCCUCUUCAGCCCUCACGCUCGCCUCUCUGCCCCUGUUUGAGUUGGAACAAACCUCUGACUACCACUCCCCCGUCUUCAGCAAGGACCUGUCGUGCUCCACCCAGGUCAGCAGCAGUGGGGCACCUCCCCCUGGCAGCUGCAUCACACGCUCCUCAACCAACUCCCACCUCUCCCAGGGUGGACUCCAUCUCAUCCUGGCGCCGCCCAGCGAGCUCAAUGCCUCCUCUUCAACCGGCCUGACAUCCUCUUCUUUCAGCCCAUCACCGCUGCCUCAUCACCAUCAUCAUCACCACCACCACCAUCGCCAUCCUCAUCACCAUCAUCAUCCCCCGCCUCAGGCCACCACACCUGAAAGUGGCACAGAUGAGGCUGUGGGGAGUUCUCCACCCAUCCUCACCCCCAAUAGUAUCAGCAGUGGUGGCGGCGGCGGAGUUGGAGAUGGAGGGUUUCCUCUUCUGGCAAGGCUUCCACCACCACCCCCUCCCAGCCGGAGUGGGGGCCAGGGCAGCUUGCUACGAGCCACUUCCACGGACAUGGAGGACUUCUGUGGAGGUCUAGGGAUGCAGAUGGAGGACAACAAUGUUGGGGAGGACCUUAGCCUUGGGUUGGGACUGGGCAGCCUGGGACAGAAGCUACAGGGCGGCACCAACAGCAAUGGCAGGUUAAAUACUAAGGAGGAGAGCUCCUGGAGGAGACAUAUGAGCCUGGAGCUGCAGCCUCUGGUGCCACCAGCUGUGGGCUGCUGCUCUGGCCCCAGCCAGGCAGACCGGGGCUUGGGCAAGUCAAUGUCGGUGCAGGACCUGAUGCAGGCAGCCCCAGGGACUGUCCAGGACACCCACCACAGCCACAGCCUCUCAUCUCCGAGCCCCAGUACAAGCAGUGACUCCCCCAUUGGCUUCCACUGUAGCCAAGACCCUGGGGGAGGAGGGGGUGGUGGUGGUAUAGGCAGGAGUGGGGGAGGUGGAUGGGGUGAGGAUGACCUCUUUAUCAGUGACAGGGACAUUGAGACACAGGGAUUUGACUUCCUGUCACUGGGGACUGCUGAGGCCCACACCUACUCCACGGAGCUCCUGAGGACAGGGAGCAGAGCAGGGGCAGGGUCCCAAGGCUCUAACCGUAACCUGGCUAGUGGUCACACAUCCUCGCCUUCGGCUGGCAACUCCGAAUUGCUGAACAUGCCGCACGUGCGGCUAAAAUAAACUGGCCUACAUGUUCAGAAGGCACGCAAAUCUCACCUCACAGAGACGGUUUUUAUCCUUUUUGGAGGGGAGUGGGAGGGCGGGAAUAUUACAGUGGGUCCUUUUUUUGUUUAUUUUCAUGUUGAUCCAUUUGAUAAGAAUCACAGUAUUUUCAUACAGGCUGAUCACAUAGGGCAUAUCAUUGCAUGAGUUACUCCUAGUUUUGUGUGAUUAACAAAUCUGAGCUAAAAGAUGAAGACAGAACCCAAAAACCUGAGACGUUGCUAUGAAACAAAACCAACUUAACUCAGUCCUGAAUGACGGUUGGUUGAUAUUUGACCUUGAGACAGAGCAUGAGCAUUGCAUGUUUUCAGUCAAAGGUACUGAGUUUAGCAAGAUAGUUUACACUUCAGUAGACAGGAAUGGAAAACAAACACUUCGGGAGAAUGGCCUUGAGAAUUCCACACCAUCUUUUUUAAUAGAAAAACAUUGGACUUAACACUUACAUGUGCCCACGUACACGGGAUCGAUUUCUUGUCUCUCCAGUCAUAUGACAGGCCUCCAUACUAAAGUGAAUGUUACCUCACCAUUGCCAUACUUUGCAUUCUUGAUAACUGUCAGUAAUUCUUUUUUUAUUUCCAUAGCAUUGCUCAUGUUAGGAAACCAGACAACCCCCUGACAUUUAAGUCCUUAAAUCAUAUCAAAUACUAUCCUGAACCAAUGACUUUGGUUACCUGCAAUCUUCUCAAAAAUCCCACACAAGGACUAUAACAGCACGAUUUAUUUUUUUUAAAAUGUAUUCUUUCUACAGUUUCAGAUAUCCAUUGGUUUGCAAUAAUGUCUGUACUGUAAAUCAAUUAACAGACUCCUAAAACAUGCUUGAGGUUUGUAAUCCAUCACAGGGGGGAUAUAAGGUCUUUUUUGUGAAUGUUACAUGAUCAGUGUGUGAUUUAGGGCUGCACCCGACUCAGAAGUAUGUCAGUCGAAUCAGGUUUGGCUUUUCAAUACGAAUAUUUGGGUAUCCAUUUCUUAUAUUCCAUACAGAGCUUGAGAGUUUAAAAAGGUUUCAGCAGUAUAUUCAGGGUGACAGUGGCGUUCACGUUCAUUGUAAUAUAGUAAACAAGCCAAAUUAGUUCUCCAAGCUAAUGUGUGCUAACUGUGCUAGUGACACAUCGGUAACAUUCAACAUCUUUUGCUGACACUUGAUAUCAAACAAAAGCCAGAGACUGUAUUGUAUGAAGUUGCUGUGAGCUGUAAAUUCACCAUCUCUAAGUAGAAGGCAGAAGAUAAUGUAUCUCAGAGCCUCUCUUUCUCCAGGCAGCUGCCUUCGUGUCAUUCAGACUGGCCCUGGGUCUGGGUCUGCAGCUGCCUGUGCCUGGAGAGCAGCAUGAAAGCAAGGAGCGCUCACUCUGCAGCUACAUCUGGGGACCAAAAUGUCCCCAGAUGUAGCUGCAUGCUGACUGCCCAAAAACAACAACAAAAAACAAAAGAUUGCUCAACUUGAAGGAUCUCAGUGGCACGACUGACAGUUCAAAUCUUUGUCUGUCAGGGUGCAGCCCUAGUGUGGUUAUGCAGUUUAAGUGCAGGUAGUUUUGAAAGGUCUGUGUUGCAUUACCUCAUAACAAUAAUGUCACUGUAACAGAAAUGACUUGAAUAAGCAAGUUUGGAAAGUCUGCUAACUAAUUUACAUCAGACUGCCAACAUGCAUCCAAAUUUCUGAAACACAGUAUGUGAUGUCCAUGUUAUUUGUGGUGAAUAGGCUGAAGCAUGCAAACCUGCAGGACUGGCCCUUUAUUUUUCUUUUUUUCUUUUAGCUAAACUGAAUUGGUGUCUUAUUUUGGGAGUCUUAACCAUAACCUGGAAAGCCCGGGCCAAAAAAGAGAAAUAUCAGUGUUACUGUAACUGCCAAGUAUUGGGACGCUUAGUGAUGUCACUUCUGCCAAUGGUCAGCUGUAAUAUGACAUGCACCAUCUUUGCAUCACAUGUACACACCUGUAUACGCACACAGCCAACUGUGACUCAUGUUCAUUAUACUGUGGAGUUUCUUCGAGAACAAGGAGCAGUUUUAUUUUCAGAUAAGUUAUACACCGGCCAGUUGGUUUCCCAGCUGAUGACAGCCAUGGAUUGAAACACAUCUUGAAUGUCAUUUCUUGGUUUAAAAAUCAGCUCGAUGUUUUGUGUGUUUUAGCAAAGCACUUUGUUUUGGUUCGGAAACAGAUACACUGAAAGAAAAGUUCAGACAUCUAACUUUGUAUUGCAUUUGGCUUUUUGCCACCCUGUUUUUACACGCAAGGAAGAUCUCUUAUUUAAAUCAGGGUCAAUGUUUGCUUUUUUUUCAUACAGUGUCAUAUGGGAUUAUUUUUGCUUCCUUGAAGUGAACUCGCUGCAGAAUGUAUUCCUGUUGCAUGGUACAGAAUCAGGUGCAUCAGGUAAGGUUGCGCGGAUCUCUUCAAGGUGUAGGAAAAUAAUAGUAGCGCCGCAAGCUGCAGGUAAAUACUACCCAUAAAGAAUCCAAAGCCUCAGUGGUGACUAAUCACCCUUAGCUAGCAGUACCUCAGUGAAGACCCUAUCAAAGACUAGAGUAUAUGUGAAGGAGGCUGGGGGUCAGAGGUGGAUUUUACUUUCUUUCAGAUAUUGAAAUAUAUUUUGCAUGAAGAGGUUGUCAUAUUCAAACCUAUCUAUAACUGAAAAUGAAUGCCAUGUCAUUAAGACAGAUCACUAUUUAUGGUUCAGCCUGAUUGCAUCAGAAGUAAAAAAAAAAAAAAGACCUCAGCUCUGAUAUGAAGUCAGUACAUACAGUAUAUUGGUGCCUUGCUUUUGUGGUACAUAUUCAUCUCCAUAUCUACGAUUUCCUGAAAAGUGCAUUAGGUUCCUCCAAACAGAAAUGGUUCCUCGUUUUCUCUCCUUGUAGAUGUUCUGACUUGAGGCAUUUUAUGUUUGUUUUUUUUAAAUUUAGAGAUCAUUUUGCUACUGGGCAUAAAACGGGCCUUUGACAUGUCAACAUUCUGUCUCGUGUCUUUUAAUUUAUUUAAAUUAUGUGCACAUAUUUACACAUAGUAAUAAUCUCAGUUAGAUUUAUGAAGCCUGUAAUGUAAUGAAAAUGCAAGUGAACUUUUAUUCUCAUUCAUCAAUAAAGGAAAUUCU